UCUAGUGUGGUAAGGGAUAUCUAUAGUGGCGCAUUGAUAUCCUAUAAUAGAGCGGUCAUCUAUUAGCUUUAAUUAAAUGAUUAAGCUUUGAUCAUGAAUGAAAGGAUGGCUUCAUGCAUGAAUCAACCAUAUCCAGCUGCACCACCUCAGCUGGGGCCUGGGAUUACAUCUGUAGUUCUAGGACCAGCUUCUUAUCCCAUGGCUUCACCUCUACCUCAAGGAUCAACUGGACUAUCUCCUGCACCUCAACCAGUAUCUCCACUAACCUCAACUGUAAUUCCUCAACCGGUGGGGCCAGGGCCAGUCCUUGUCACUCAUGGUGCUCCAACAGUGAGAUCUGCUGAGCGACCUAUACCAAUGAAGCAUGCUUCACCUGCACUUUGUCUUGGGUAUCCACCUGGUUCAGAAAUGGGAAUGCAAGAUGGUCCUUCACCACUCCCUCGCCCUCCACAAUCAAUGUCAUCACACAUAAACCAAGGACUGCAACGUCCUCAUAAUCCUGGACGAAUACCACACCAGGGAUCGAUGGGAAUAGACUCAUCUCAUAAGCACUCUGCUGGAGAUAGAGCUUCAGAGAGUAAAAGUCAAGGUCUUCCAAUUUCUGAAGGUGGAUCAAUCACAACAGUUCCAUCAGUGACUAGAAGUACUUCAGUUGCUGCAGGUGGAAGUUCCAGUGGCAGCAGUAAAAAGAAGAAGAAGCUAGCAGACAAGAUCCUUUCACAGAAAGUUCAGGAUCUUGUUCCAGAAUCUCAGGCUUACAUGGAUCUCCUGGCUUUUGAAAGAAAGCUUGACUUCACUAUUAUGAGGAAGCAGUUAGAUAUUCAAGAAGCCUUCAAACGGCCCAUGAAACAAAAACAUAAACUACGGAUAUUCAUCUCCAACACAUUCUACCGUGGGAAACCUGAGGGAGAAUGUGGGGAAGAACCUACUGUCCCAUCUUGGGAGCUUCGGGUGGAAGGUCGGCUUCUUGAUGAUCCAAGUGCUCCAAAGUCUGAUCAGAAACAAGUGAAACGAAAAUUUUCUUCUUUUUUCAAGAGUUUGGUUAUUGAGUUAGACAAAGAUUUGUAUGGACCAGACAACCACCUGGUAGAGUGGCAUCGUAUGCCAAAAACAACUGAAACAGAUGGGUUCCAGGUGAAGCGUCCAGGAGAUAAAAAUGUGCGCUGUACUAUUUUGUUAUUACUAGAUUAUAAACCUCUACAGUUUAAGUUGGACCCAAGACUGGCCAGGCUUCUUGGUAUUCACACUCAGACACGGCCAGUUAUCAUCAAUGCUCUGUGGCAUUAUAUCAAAAGUCAUAGGCUGCAAGACAUUCAUGAACGGGAGUACAUCAAUUGUGGCAAAUACCUAGGGCAGAUUUUCCAGUGUCCAAGACUUAAGUUUGCUGAAAUUCCUCAACGUCUCCAUCGGCUUCUACACCCUCCAGAACCAAUUGUCAUCAACCAUCUUAUCAGUGUGGAAGGACUAGACACAAAGAAAACAUCCUGUUACGAUAUAGAUGUUGAGGUGGAUGCUCCCCUUAAAAGUCAGAUGAAUAGCUUUCUUCUGUCUACAACUAACCAGCAGGAGAUUCAAGGACUAGAUAACAAGAUCCAUGAUACAGUAGAAACUACCAACCAGCUGAAGAUCAAUAGAGAAUUUUUCCUCAGUUUUGCUAAAGAUCCACAAAAGUUUAUUAACAAGUGGCUGAUUUCACAAUCGAGGGAUUUAAAAACUAUGACAGAUGUGGUUCAUAAUCCAGAGGAGGAACGUCGAUCAGACUUCUACUACCAACCCUGGGCUCAAGAAUCAGUAUGCAGAUACUUCUAUAGCAAGGUUCAACAACGUAGAGCAGAGCUGGAACAAGCUCUAGGAAUUUGCAACACUUAAACAUACUGCCAAGAAAAACUUGAAUAUUCGGAAGUCAUCAGUAUUUUUUUUUUACCUCGUAGGUAAAUAACAUGUGUAGACAAAUCUAUAAAUGUAAAAAAGAUCAUAACCUAUACCUCCAGAAUGUAACUUUAUUAGCUCAAUAUUUCGCUAUUACAGCUUUGUCAGGAGCAAUCGAUAUCUACAAGUUCCCUGAUCCAGUUAAAUCUAAAUUGGAACACUGUCAUUCCAAAAUCGAACAUAGAUACACGUGUUUACAAAGUUCAUAUUAUAAUAAUAUCAAACAUUAUUGAAUUUAUAUUGUUAAGAUGAAUCACAUCAACAGUGCAAGAUAAAUAAAAUGUGUAAGCCAGUAAGUAAAUUAUUAACGUUGUUUGACUUAGAAUAGAAUAUGUUACGUAUAUAAAACAUUUAUUUAUAUAUGUAUUGGUAAGUAUUUUCCAUUAUAGUAUAUUGAUACAUAUAUAAAACAAUGUCUGAAGUUAUAUUUCAAUCCUUAUAAAUGUGUAUAGAGACUUUGUAAAAGUACAACAUAUUAAAAUCUUUAAAAUGUCAUUAACAUCUCUACACUAAUGGCCAACCUUUGUAUGUAUUCAAUUUAGGCUUAUUUUUCUUGAUUAAAAUGGAUUCUUUAAUUGUUCUAUCCAAAAAAAAGUAUGACAUUUAGAUAAGAUCUUAACAUCUGAUAAGAUGUUAUCCGCUUGUAGUAAGCUAUGUACUUUUCCAUAAUGUUCUGCAAUAGCAUUAUUAGUAUGAGGUUUUCGAUGUCAUGCACAUGUUCAGAUAUUCGAUCAUGGAUGGUUCAGAAAAUUUCUCCUAUAUAUGUUCUAGAGCAUCUACCACAAGUUACUUCAUAAACAAUGUUUUUACUAUGGCAUCUAUUGUGUAUUCCAUAUUUAGUAGCUUUACAGUUAUUUUUCAUACAUCGUGUUUCUUUCUUGUAUGCUGAACUUGUUAUUAAUGAUUUAAGGGAAAUGCCUGGUUUUUGUACUAUUUUAGUAGGUAAGUCUGAAGCUCUAAUUACUCGCUUUAGUUUUGUGGUGAUAUCAUCACUAAUAUAUGGAAUCACCCAAGUAGCCUGAGCUUUAAAUGUGUUUUCUUUAUUUAUACGAUUCUAAAGAACAUGUCUAUUUUCUUUUUGCUUGUCAAAAUUUUUUAUUACGUUUUGUAUAAAUUCCUGUGGAUAGGCAUUUUUUCUUAAAAGUCAUAAGAUUUUCUCUAGCCUCCUCCCACAUUUCUUUCUUAUUACAAACUUUAUCAAUCCUAUGGAAGUAGCCAAUAAUGACACCUCUUUUUACAGCAGGGGAGUGAUGAGAGUGGAAAUGCAAACAAAGAGCAUUAGUAGAAGGCUUACUGAAAAUACCAGUAAUGAUUUUCCCAUUCCUGACAUGAAUUGUAGUAUCUAGAAAUGGUAAAUUUAUACCUGGUAUAGCAUAAACAAGUGUAAAUUUUAUGAAAGGGUGAACGGUAUUCAAGAACUCGUGGAAACUAAAAAGAGACUGUAAAUUAGUGUUCCACACUCCAAAUAUGUCAUCUAUAGAUCUGUACCAGAUUGAUGGGCCAAUAUUCCCCCCUGUUUUCCAAGAAUUAAGUGCUUUCAGUUCAAAUAUAUGCAUAUAUAUUACAGCUAAGACUACUGCUUCCUAUUCCCCAUAGCUAUUCUUCUGAUCUGUUUAUAAUAUUCCCCAUUAAAUCAUACAUACCCAUUAUUUAACACAAAUCUCAGAGCUCUUUCUAACCAAUCUGUUGAAAUAUUUAAAAGUUCUAAGUCAUCUGUGUUUUCUUUAAUCCUAGUCAUAACACAAUCUAUCCCUUCUUCAGUUGGGAUACUAGGAUAUAAUUGAACAACGUCUAGCGUAAACAGAAUAGAACUGUCAUUAAUAAGGUGUGAGUCAUUAUGUAACUGUUCAAGAAAAUAAUAUGUGCUGUUGUUAUAAUCAAGGACUAAUUCCAAUAACAUUUGCAGCAGUCUAUCUAAAACCUACCAUAUACUUUCUGUCUGAGAUCCACAAGUAGAGGCUAUGGGUCUAAGGGGUAAACCAGACUAAUGAUCAUUAGGACGACCCUAGAAUUCAGAAACUCGACUAUUAUAUGGUUUUAGACUAUUCACUAGCUGGGAGCUACAUGAAUACCUUUCUUUAAUUCAUUUAAAAGAAUUCUACUUUUACUUUCAAGUGUUUUAGUAGGAUCUUUGUUUAAUUUUAAAUAGUUAUCAUCAUUUGAUAAAUGAGAAUAAAUCUUUCGAUUAUAACUAUCCUUCACUAAAACCACAAAUCCUUUAUUUUUAUCAGGUUCUUUAACUAAAAUGUAGGUGUUACCUUUUAAUUUAUAAAGAGCUUUUGUCUCAUGAAAAGAUAAAUGAAGUUUAAUUGUGUAAUUAUGAAAUUUCCCGAAGAUACUCGAUACUUUUUUGAAAGUUCUGUCAUGGCGUCUUCUGUUAUAUUCUGUUCUUUCACUCCUGAUGUCUAAGGAUGAUCAAAAGGUGGGUUUGAAAAUGGGUUAACAGACGGUUGAUGCUCUUCUCUUUGUUCUGGUGAAUCUCUACUACAUCGAUCUUGGACUUAUAAAUAAUGCUUUUCUCAUUGUCGUAUUUUGUUGAAAGUUUGCUGUAAUGAUGAUAAAAUAUCUAAUUCUAUAUCGUCAUCUAGCCUAGUUGGAAUUGUAAAAUUUGGUCCUCGACUGAGUAAUGAUUUAGUUGCAUCAUUCAAGUUAAUGCCAUCUUCUACGGUUAUAUUACUUUCUUUGAGAGUUUCACAUUCAUCUGAUCUAGCUUCAUUGAUGUAACUAUAUGAGUAUUUAUUAACUAAGGUUUCAAACUUAAGUUUCAGUUUUUUUCUCUUUCUUGUUCCUCUAACCUACUGAUAACAUCACUUUGGUCUUUAAUCCAGUUCUUAAAGUCCACAUUCUGAAUGUUUUAAUCAAAUUAAAAGUCCUAUCACAAA